AAGAACUGUCAUUUGAACUCUCUCUCUCUCUCUCUCUCUCUCUCUCUCUCUCUCUCUCUCUCUCUCUCGGCUGCGGUCAAUCUGAUCACCACUGUUCCUCCACCAGUAGGAAGAGUGAAUGAUGGAUGCAGCAGACUUGGGGAAACACAAUCUUGAUGAGUGGCCUCCAAAGAUAUGUCGAAGCAUCAACUGUUUUAAGAUAUUAUAUGAGAUUGGGGAAGGAGCAUAUGGUACAGUAUAUAAGGCUGAGGAUAUCAAAACAGGGGAAGUUGUUGCUUUAAAAGAGAUUAAAAAAAAGUGUCUUGAAAAAGGCAUUUGGCCGGAAGAACUCAAUGCAAAACGCGAAACUGGAAUUUUAAGCAGGCUUAAACAUGAAAACGUCAUUCACUUGAAGGAGAUUGUAACGUCUGAAGGUGGAUCCAUGUGGCCCGCAGUUUACAACCAGUUCAAUGGUAACAUCUACUUGGUUCUUGAGUACGUGGAUCAUGAUUUGGAAGAUCUUUUAAAUUGCUCUGAUGUGCAAUUUAAAGUUCCGCAUGUCAAGUGCUAUAUGAAGCAGCUGUUGGAGGGGCUCUGUUAUUGUCAUAAUAAUCAAGUACUUCAUUGCGAUAUCAAGGGAGGCAAUAUUCUAAUCAAUGAUGAAGGAAUUUUAAGGCUUGCAGAUUUUGGCCUUGCAUGCCAGUUAACUGACAGGGGCUACAGUGGACCCGUUUCUUCUUCAACACAAAAAAACAAAAAUCUUACACAUGCAGUUAUUUGUUUGUGGCAUAGACCUCCAGAGUUGCUGCUUCAAACUAAGGAGCAAUGUGAUUAUGGUCCAGCCAUUGACAUAUGGUCUGUUGGCUGUGUUUUUGCAAGGCUGCAUGGAAAACAAGUCAUGCAAGGGAAAGACGAGGCAGAUCAAAUCCUUAAAAUUUAUGAGUUGUGUGGAUCUGCUACUGAAGACAACUGGCCUGGAGUUUCCAAGUUACCCAAUUAUUAUAAAUUCAAUCCCCAAAGUCCAAUGGAGAGAUGCAUUGGGGAGUUUUUCAAAGAUCUUGAACCUGUUGCUUUGGCCUUACUGGACAAAAUGCUAACUCUUAAUCCAUUUGAGAGAAUAUCGGCCAAGGAUGCACUUAAAGAAGCUUACUUCUUGACUGCUCCUCUUCCAAGUGAUCCUAAGAGGUUCUGCUUCCCCAAUCUUUCAGAGAUAAAUGAAGUUAUGCAUUGCAGCUUACCCAAAUAUAAAUCCUCGCAUGGGCCCCUGCCUGCAUGUAGCACCAGAUCAAACCUCCCCUCUGGACAGCCUCAAGGACCUUCUGUAGGGGCGACCAAAGACCCGCAAAACAAAGAUUCCAAUGAUGGUGGACAGCACCUGGUUCACGGAGCUAAUGCUCCAAACAACCAGUGCCAAGUUACUCGGGACAAUAUUCUUAUGAUACUCACAGCGGCUGAAAUGCUGGCUGAUCAAGAUUCAACUGGUGGUGAGUCCCACUUGCAUCAUGGAGUUCAAGGCAGAGGAAGACCAUGCACAUCACAUGCUGCAAGAAGUACACAAGAUGUCGAAACUGGAGCAAUUAGCGACGUUUAUGGGGCGAAUGCUCAGAAUAAAAUGGCAACUCCACAACCAUUGCAGGGAGUUCAAGGCAGAGGAAGCCCAUGCACAUCACAUGCUGCAAGAAGUACACAAGGUGUCAAAACUGGAGCAAUUAGCGACGUUUAUGGAGCGAAUGCUCAGAAUAAAAUGGCAACUCCACAACCAUCGCAGCAUCAAAGAAAGCACAUUCAUAGUGGGCAAAUGCAUUCUGAAUUGGGGGCCAGACCCAACCAGCCCAAGGACAAAUCCCAGCAUUCUUCUGCCACCGGAUCCUCCCAUGCCUCCAAAUUUGUUAAAACAUACCAAAGGAAGAAGGUGUGUGAAGAAACAACAAGUGAGCAGAUUGAGCAAUCUACAAACGAUCAGGGAGUUGAAUAGUCUAUGCACAUCACAGGGGCAUGUCCCACCAAAUGCUGCAAUGAAGUACACAUGAGGUUGGUCAUGGAACCAAUGCUCCAAAUAACCAGCACCAAGAUGACAGUAUUAUUCUGAUACCCUCUGCGGCCAAAUGCUGGAUGGUCAGGAUUGAGGUUGGAUUAGCGGCUUUUAUGUAUAAUUGAGACAGGUUUUUGUGCUAUAACAUGUGUACAAGGUUUGUUUCUUGUUU